UACACUUCUUUUCCUUUUUCUUCUUCUUCUUCUUCUUUCUUCAUAGUGUCUCUGUUUCAUAAGCAAAUGAGAAAUGAAAGGUCUGCUGAAGCUGAAUCAAAUGCUAGCAGACCUCACUCGCUCCAACCACCACACCCAAUCCCUCACCCUCUUCGUUCUCGCCCACUCUUCCUUCACACCUGACCACUACACCCUCUCCGCCGCCCUCACCGCCGCCGCCAACGCGCGCCACACCACCUUCGGCCCCCAGCUCCAUGCGCACGCAGUCCGAACAGGGCUCUGGGCCCACUCCCACGUCGCCAACUCCCUCCUCUCGCUCUACGCCAAGACCCACGACCUCGCCUCCGUCGAACGCGCGUUCACCGAAAUCCGUUGCCCCGACGCGUAUUCGUGGACUACGCUGCUCUCUGCCUGCGCCAAACUGGCCCCUGUUACCCAUGCCCUUCAACUGUUCGACCAAAUUCCCAAACGACACGUGGCUGUCUGGAACGCUGUCAUUACCGGGUGUGCGGACAAGGGCCAUGAAGGUCUUGCUUUUAACUUGUUCAGGGACAUGCAAAAUAUGGGUGUUAAGGCUGAUAAAUACACUUUUGCCACCAUGUUGAGUUUGUGCUCUUUGGAGCUUUUGGAUUAUGGAAGGCACGUGCAUUCGGUGGUUAUCAAAAGUGGUUUUUUGGGUUGGACUUCUGUGGUUAAUUCUUUGAUCACUAUGUAUUUUAAGUGUGGGUGUGUUGUGGAUGCUUGUGAGGUGUUUGAGGAAGCAGAAGAAGGUGGCACGUGUGAUUAUGUUACGUAUAAUGCAAUAAUAGAUGGUUUUGCAAGUGAGGAGAGAAGUGAGGAUGCAUUUUUGAUGUUCAGAGACAUGCAAAAGGGUUGUUUUGGCCCAACGGAAGUUACCUUUGUGAGUGUCAUGAGUUCCUGUUCAUGUUUAAGAGCUGGUUGUCAAGCGCAGGCUCAAGCUAUCAAGAUGGGUCUUAUUGGUUGUGUUGCUGUGAGCAAUGCAAUGCUGACAAUGUAUUCUGGGUUUGGGGAGGUUUAUGAGGUUCGAGAUAUUUUUGAGCGAAUGGGAGAAAGGGAUGUUGUUUCAUGGAACAUAAUGGUUUCAACGCUUUUACAAGAAAAUCUCGAAGAAGAAGCAAUUUUGAGCUAUUUGAAAAUGAGGAGGGAGGGAAUUGAACCAGACGAGUAUACUUAUGGAAGUUUGCUGGUUGCUACAGAUUCCUUGCAAGUUGUGGAGAUGAUCCACUCCCUUCUAUGCAAAAGUGGGCUUGGUAAAAUUGAAGUUUUGAAUGUGUUAGUUUCUGCAUACUGCAGACAUAGGAAGAUGAACUGUGCAUUUCAAAUCUUCUCUGCUGUUCCCUAUAAAAAUUUAAUAUCUUGGAACAGUAUCAUAUCUGGGUUUUUGAUGAAUGGAUGUCCUUUACAAGGGCUAGAACAAUUCUCUGCGUUACUUCGUGCACAAAUCAAGCCAAAUGCCUAUUCCCUCAGUCUUGUUCUGAGCAUUUGUUCUGUCAUGUCAGCCAUGAGUCAUGGGAAACAGAUUCAUUGUUACAUACUAAGACAUGCUUUUUCUUCAGAAGUUUCUUUGGGUAAUGCCUUGGUCACAAUGUAUGCCAAAUGUGGAUCUUUGGAUGGGGCUUUGAGAGUAUUUGAUGCAAUGGUGGAAAGAGAUACAAUCUCUUGGAAUGCUAUAAUAUCUGCUUAUGCACAGCAUGGACGAGGAAAAGAAGCUGUGUCCUGUUUUGAGGCAAUGCAGACCACACCUGGAAUCAGACCAGACCAGGCUACCUUUACUUCAGUUCUUUCUGCUUGCAGCCAUGCAGGUUUGGUCGAUGACGGUGCCUGUAUUUUCUAUACAAUGGUAAAAGUUUAUGGAAUUUUGCCAAGUGUGGAUCAUUUUUCUUGCUUAGUUGAUCUGCUAGGUCGCAAUGGAUACCUUGAUGAGGCAGAGACCGUUAUUAAAGAUGGAUAUUUGGGAGCACAUUCUAAUAUGUGCUGGUCAAUGUUUAGUGCUUGUGCAGCUCAUGGUAAUUUAAAGCUAGGAAGAGCAGUUGCCAGACUUCUUCUGGAAAGAGAGAAUGACAAUCCAUCAGUUUAUGUGCUCUUAUCAAAUAUCUGUGCAGCAGCAGGUCAGUGGGAAGAAGCAGCUAAUGUUAGAGACAUGAUUAGUGAUUUCGGGACAACAAAGCAGCCUGGCUGCAGUUGGAUCAGAACCUAAGAGCUACUGGUUAUAUGUUCUUGCAAAUGUAUAAGCACGACCUGAAUGUGAUGGAGGUCCUACACAGAGUUCAAUUUUGAAUAAACUUGGGCAUAGUGUAUGAUGUGAUAUGCAAGAAAGUGGAAUUCAAAUUCUAGCAGAAAAUUUGCUAUUAGUAUCCCCGGGCAUGUAGUUUCCAAUAUUUAUUUUCUCCAAGUGAAGGUAAAAAGGGCCAAAGUUGGGGUAUUUUCUACGUAAAGACGGUGCUUAGAGGAGCUGAAAGUAAGAUGAGGUUGUAGACUGGUAUUCAAAGAACUGGGUGGACGAGCAAUGGGAGCUCCUAAGGGAUUUUGGGCUUCUUUGUGGACCUUUAGGUGCACAGUGCCUUUCUUCAUCGGUCUACGGCUUCCAGGCAACAGUAAAGGUAAAUGUCAUUGAUUAUGAGUCUAUUGUCAUUGAUUAUGAGUCUAUUCUUCUGUGUUCUUUGGUCUAGAUUUUGGUAUAUCUUUAUUGGGAAAUACACCAUGAACACUAAAGAUGGAAUUUAUUGAGAUUACUGUACAAAAUACCAUACUGUGAUAGUAGACUUGUUUUCUUUUGUGUUGCUUUGAUAUACAAUAAUAGACCACAGGGUGAUAUUGAGGAGUUUGAAGCAAUCCAUCCAUAAGGGAUCCGAUUCCGGAGAAUGAUCCGAUUGAUCUGUACAAGGAAUGCAAGGGUAAUGUGAUCAGGUAAAAACAUUGUGUUGAGCAAGAACCUUUUGUUGGGUAAACGAUUUCAGCCUGACCUCUGGAGUAACCUCCUUUUGCAGACUAUUCUGUUCUACUCUUUGUUCAGAUCCUAAAUUUGACUCACCCAAAACAAGGAUAUUCUUGUAACACCAAAUCAAUCAAUCAAUCAUUUGAUCUAGACGUGGGUUUCACUGUUAGAAAAGGAAAAUAAUUUUUUGCUAAUGUGAGAUAGAUCUGAGUCCAUACCAUAAUUGGGAGACCAUUCAGUUAUAUCAGUGAAGAGAGAUUGUGCAUACUAAAAUAGACAAUAUUUUUUGUUUUGUUGCUCAACAUUCAUCUUGAUACCUAUUUUCUCUUUUCUCCAUUUCUGUGGGAGAACUAAAUGAGGCAAGAGCCUACAAGAGAUGGGCACAGAAAAUAUUAGAAACAAAGCCACCAACUAUUCCCUCAAGAAGACAGGCAAAGUAAGUUUAUCUGCAAGGUUUAGGAAUAUUCAAUGUUUAAAUCUUCAAGAGAUCAUCAAAUAUGCAAUUGGAAACAAAUUAUCUACAUGAAGAGGAGAGGGGGAGGAGCAAAAGGACCAUGACACUGUCCAUCAGGUACAGAGACACAUCCAAAAGGUCUGACAAGUUGGGUAUGGAUCCUGCUUUCUUGGUCAGUCAUAAUGAGAAGUCUGACAAUGGGUUUGAUAGAACGGAAGUUGUUGACGUAUGCAUCAUUUUUAUACAGCUUGUUUUGUUUUAAACGGAAGGAUUCUCAGCAUCUCAGCAACGUUUUAACCAAAUUCAGAAAGCUUGGCUUUUGUUGCAGGACUUUGCUAGGGACAAGAGUCAAGGUAGGGUUUAAGACACUGCAAAAUUUGUCUGUGAACCUCUGUUAUGUGAUGUCACUCAUUUUAGAGUCUUGAGCAAGAGGCUGUGACUGUUGAGAAGGGGAUUAAAGUAGCCAAAGAGAUACCUAAGGCUCUGCUAUUGAGUUUGUUGUUUCCUUGAGGCAUGGUAACUUUGGAGCACAGUUAGACUUCUACACUAAAAGUGGUGAGUCUGGACAUUCACACUAUCAAAGAUUACAUGGACAGUCAAUCCUUAGAUGAAGAUGCUUGACCAAGACCCUUUUUUUUUUCUCUAUAUAUUUUUUUUCUGACCCUUGAAAUAGUCUUUAUGAAGAUUAAUAAUUGGAUGAGGAUGAGUGAAUCAUUAUCACAGUAAACUUUUACUGAUUUCUAUAUCA